AUGUUCAAAUUCGAAAGGCCUGAGGAUUUCAAACACGCUCUUCGUGAAGGUCCGUGGUUCAUCAAUAGAAGAAACCUCUCUUUGAGAAGAUGGACAACAAAUUUCAAGUCAUCUGAAGCAUCAAUUCAUAAAACGGUGGUAUGGGCUAGACUAUCGGAGCUUCCACUCGAGUACUUUGAUAAAGAAGUAUUAUUCAAGGUGGCUGCAAAGCUGGGAACUCCAAUUAAGAUUGAUAACACAACUGAGUUUGUUUUGAGGGGAAGAUUCGCAAGAAUAUGUGUUGAGAUUUCAACUGAUCAGCCUUUCAUACAUGCCGUGAGGAUUGGCAACAUGGUGCAAAAGAUUGAAUAUGAGGGAGUUGGAUUAAUUUGUUUUCAUUGUGGUAAAAUGUCCCAUAGGAAGGAUCAAUGUCCAACAAUUAUUCGUCCUAAUGUUGUUAAUUCUGAUUCUGCGGAUACAGUAACUGGAAAUGAGUCUGUUGAUGUUUAUGGUCCAUGGAUAUUGUCGACAAGGCGAAGUCGCAAGGCACAAAAUAAACCAACUGGUCUAGUUCGUGAACAGAAUCUGAAAGGGCAUAGGGCUGGAGUCUUUAAUAGCUUUACAAUUUUACAGGUUGAGGAUGUUGAUGGGUUAUUGCAGGAAAUGAGUAACAGAAGGAAUGGUGAUAAUGGGAGAAAUCAAAGGUCAUUAAGUAGAAAUGUUGAUUCUCCUAAUGGUGGCCAGAAUGUAACUGCUGAUAGAAUUACUUCUCGUGCGUUAAAUGUCAAUAAUAGCAAGGAUAGUGGUAUUAAGUUACAGAAUCCAAAGAGCAAACAAGUUACUCGAUCAUUUCAUAGUGACGCCUAUUCCUCAUCACCAGUGGGACUUGAUGGAGAUAUUAAUGGAACAAAUAUUAAGAGGGGAUCAACUAAUCCAGCUGACAGAGGAGAUAGAGGAGCUUUACAAUCAACUCAGUGCAAAUCUUCCAGAGAUAGUACACAUGCCAAACCAAGUGAAUGUGCAUGGGUUUUUGGAGCUGAUCAACAGCAUUUUGAGGACAAUCCGACUUUCAAGGUCCAAUUGGAACCAUCAAGAGCCGAUAAUGUUUCUCGAAGAAUGGAGGGAAGAGGAAAAUUGCGACUCAAAGAUGUGGUCAGAGGCAACAAUACUGGAGGUCAUAAUGGCUCCACUAGUGGAGACUCCAGCCCUUGUAAGAAGCCCAAAAGGACUGUGGCAGUUCGAGAUGCAGAUUUUUACCAGGUUGGAUUUGUAUCUGAGCGAUCGACGAAUGUUCAAGACAAGACUUUGCCCAAUGAUGUCGAUGGACCAACAGUCUGCAGAGAAUUGGACAGACUUCCAGAGUUUGGCUACAUUGAAGUUGAUAUUCAAGCUACUAGGAAGUCUAGAUGGGCAAUUCGUGCUGUUGUUACUUCCAAGUUUCAACAUCCUUGGAUUUUGUCCUCCGUGUAUGGGAGUACAAAUAAAGUUUGUAGGAAGAGAAUAUGGAAUGAAUUGGCCAUCUCUGAAAUUCCUAAUGCAGAUUGGUUGGUGUUGGGUGAUCUCAACACUAUUGCUGAAAGUCAGGAGAAGCUGGGAGGUAACAGGCCAUCUAUUAAUCAACUUUCUGAGCUUAAAGAGAGAGCUGGUGCGGAGAAUAUCAAAGAGCGUAUUGAUAGGGUUGUUGCUAAUACAAAUUGGCAAAACAGGUUCCAUAAGGCCCAGGUAUACCAUUUACCCUACUAUAAUUCUGAUCAUAGGGCUAUAAUUAUCGAUUUAGAUCCUAAAAGCAAUUUUAAUUAUAGACCUUUUAGGCUUGAAGCUAUUUGGACUAAAGACCCUAGAUAUGAGGUUGUAGUUGAGAACUCUUGGUCUCGCAAUGGUGGUAAUUCCAUCAGUAACCAAUUCCUGGAUAAUGUAGCUAAAAUCCAAAUUGAGUCUGGGAAGUGGAAUAGACAUGUUUUUGGUAACUUGUUUAGACAAAUUGAUGAUGCCCAUGAAUAA